AUGAACGGUGCAGCGCUUAUUGAGCAGGCCACUUUUGUCACGGAACGGGCGUGGGAGUAUGCAAGCAACACGACCUCUGUCUUCCACAAAGCUCGCUCGCUUGUCGCCGGGGAUGCACAGUUCUUCUCGGUUGCACCCAGAGUCGAUGAUCUUCGACGCAGCCUGAGCUCGGAGUCGCUCCAUGACAAGCGCGAUGGCAUGAAGCGCAUCAUCGCGCAGAUGUGCAAGGGAGGUGACAUGCGCCACUUCUUUCCUGACGUAGUGAAGAACAUUCACGUUCCCUCGAUUGAACUGCGCAAGCUCAUCUAUGUUUUCAUCGUCUACUAUGCUGAAGACUGCCCCAACGAGACACUCCUGUCUAUUUCUGCCUUCCAGAAGGACCUGCUCGACCCCAGCAUGCAUGUCCGCGCCCUCGCCCUCCGCAUGCUCGCGUCGCUCCGCAUUCUUGCCAUUCAGCCGGUGGUGAUGGUUGCCGUGAGGAAGUGCGCCGAGGACAUGGCACCGUUGGUGCGCAAGACGGCCGCCCUCGCGCUUGUGCAGAUGCACACAGUAGCUCGCCAGGAGCUGGACCGCGACACCGUGCGCCAGCUACUGCGAACGUUUCUGUCUGAUCGCUGCCCUGACGUGGUCGGCGCAGCCGCGAUGGCGUACACGAGGAUCUGCCCGGAUGAGUGGGACCUGGUGCACGGCGUGUACCGCCGACUGUGCAGGAUUCUCAAGGAUUGUGAGGAGUGGGGUCAGGUGGUGCUGCUGCGUCUGUUGCUGCGCUACGCUCGUCUGCACUUCGUGGACCCCAGUGGGCCAUUUGCGGUCAAGACUGCCCGAUGCAGCCGUGGCUCCUCGAGUCUCAGUGGGGAAGAAACGGACAGUGAUGAUGACGACGCAACGUCCUCGUCUCGCUCCUCCUUCAACAUGACACCGUCACGGGGGCGUGGCGCCAAGACGAGCAACGCCGCCGCGGAUGCACAGGUGGACCCAGAUCUGCUGCUGCUUCUCAACUCGACUCGGCCGCUGCUGUGGAGCAUGAACAGCGCUACUGUGGUCGCGGCCAUCGCGCUCUUAUGCCACUGCGGCACACGACACUUUCAGGAGGCGUGCGUGAAGCCGGCGAUGCGACUGCUGAAUACGUGCGCCGAGGGUCAUACCGCCGUGCUGCAUGUCAUCUACGCCCUGCUGCUGCUUCAACGCGAUGCAUUCCUUCCGUAUCUAAAGAGCUUCUUUUUGCUGCCCCUGGACGCGGCCGAUGUGCGGCACACUAAGCUACGCAUCCUCUCCCGCCUGGUCACCCCAGCCACCUGGACAGAGGUGUCUCGGGAGUUCCGGUCCUACCUGCAUCAGUACAACGACGCCGCCGUCGUGGAGGCGAUUCAAGGGUUGGCGCAGGCUGUACAGCAGUACCCACCCUUCGCCGCACACACCGUCCGUCUCGUGACUCCGCUGCUCUCAAGUCGGACGAGCUCACCUGCUGUUGUCGCGGAGGCCGUAGCGGUGUUGCGUGUGCUCGUACUGCAGGGCACCGACCCGGUGUGCAUCUCACGGCUUGCCUGCCAGCUGACACUUGACAUUAUGGAUCAGCGAAUCACGGAGUCUUCGGCGGUGGCGACAAUUCUCUGGUUGACAGGCGAGAACAUAUCCAGGCACCCCUCCAUGGCAGCUGCGGCGCCGGACUGCUUCCGCGUGUUUGCAAAGCGCUUCGGUGGCCUCACUUCGGAGGUGAAGCGGCAGGUUCUCACCUUGGGCUGUAAAGUGUGGGUGCACUUGCAGGGCAACAGCGAGCUCUCGGAGCGCUUAAAACGGGUGUACCACUACGUUGCAGAGCUAGCCAAGUACGACGAUGACUACAUAAUUCGGGACGAGGAGCGCCUCAUUGAGGCGACGUUUGAUCGGCAGAGCGACACAUUUGCAGGUGUGCAGACCGCGCUGCUGCGCGAAAAGCCACUGCCAGACGUCAACGACCCCUACGCCGAUCGAGCCGGCCUGGAGAUUGGUACCUUUUCCCAGCUGCUAGGGUCGACAGUGCGUAUCUAUGACCCGCUGCCGACUUGGGCGACGGAAGCGACGGAUGGGGCACUGCGCCGCUCCAUCGAAGAGAUGAACGCGGCUGCCGCCGCGGUGACCAUGUUUGAGUCCACCUCCGAUGAGGAAGAGAGCGGCAGCAAUAGUAGCAGCGGUACAGAAGGAGAUGAGAGCAACGACAGCGACGGCGCAGCCUCGUCUUCCGACUCCUACGAGUACAGUUACAGGGGCUCCAGUGACGUGGGGGAUGUGAGCGGCAAGUCGAGCUCCGCGUCUGGCGGCGAUGCCGCGGCUCUGUCCGGCGCUUCAGCAGCGCAGAAGGUCGCCAGGGGUACCGGGACAGUGAAGGUGUCGCCACCCAAGUUCACGGUGAAGGUCACGAUGCAGUCAGCUCCACCGCCCACUCUUCCUCCAGUGUUAGCACAGGUGACCGUGAAAGCGGCUGAAAAGACAGACGCCGUGCCUGCUGUCGUCCCAGAGCUGCCGCCGUCGCCAGAGACGGUCAUGGAGCUUCACUCGGCCGUAGAGGCGUAG